UUGAAAUUUUGAUCCGGAAGCAGAAGUGAUUUCUGUUAUUCGCACUGAAGUGGAGGCUGCUGGAUGACAAAAACUUCUCCAGAAAUGUUCCAUUUUUACACGGUGGCCCGGCGUCUGUUCGGGGUGUUGCAGGUCUAGAUGUCCGUGUGAGGGUGCUCCGUUACCGGGCAGCGAGGUUCACCGGCCCGCUCUGAUUGUUACAUCCGCUGUUAGCCUGAAGCUAAUCGGCUAGCUACCAAGUCGCCACACAGGCAGCCUGACAGACUGCUUCUGCUUUGUUUUUAGCCUCCCUCCGAAGCCCCUCCAGGACAGUGAGUAAUGUGGAAAGUAACGUUGCAAGCGUUCUGUGUUUUGCUGCUGGCCUGGUUUUUCGGGAACUUUGUUCUGGGCUGGUUUCAACAGAACAACGUAAAACCUCAAACGCAACACAGCGAACAUCCGAGCCGAGCCCCGGAGAGCCAGGACCAGAGCUGCUUCUGCCAUCUCACAGGCGUCCUGGACGACUGCUUCUGUGAUGUGGAAAGCAUCGACGUCUUCAACAACUUCAAGAUUUAUCCUCGCAUCAAGAAGCUGACAGAGAGAGACUACUUCAGAUACUACAAGGUGAACCUGAAGAGACCGUGUCCUUUCUGGCCUGAUGAUGGACACUGUGCCAUCAAGGACUGCCAUGUGGAGCCCUGCCCUGAGAGUAAGGUUCCUGUUGGCAUCAAGUCUGGAAACUACAACAAGUACUCCCACACGGCCAACACCAUGUCCGACCUGACGGAGUGUGAGCAGGCCAACGAGCUGGGAGCCAUCAACAGCACCCUGAGUAACCAGAGUAAGGAGGCGUUCGCUGACUGGGCGAGACACGACGAUGCUCAGGAUCACUUCUGUGAGCUGGACGAUGAGACGUCUCCUGAUGCUGAGUAUGUGGAUCUGUUGCUGAAUCCAGAACGGUUUACUGGAUAUAAAGGACCGUCAGCCUGGAGAGUCUGGAACAGCAUCUACGAGGAAAACUGCUUCAAGCCCAGGUCGGUGUACCGACCUCUCAACCCUCUGGCUCCCAGCAGAGGUGAGUCCACUUUACCGUCUGUACCAGCAGGUUACCGGACACUGGAGGAUGACUCAGGUUUACUGGAUGACAAACGGUUCAGAAGAAGCAGCAGAUUAUCAGGAGACGACGACGGAGAAGGUUUCUACAACUGGCUGGAAGGUUUGUGUUUGGAGAAGAGGGUUUUCUACCGGCUCAUUUCAGGCCUCCACAGCAGCAUCAACAUCCACCUGUGUGCCGAGUACCUCCUGGAUGAGGGCUGGGGCCGCUCAGUCUGGGGUCCAAACGUCCAAGAGUUCCGUCAGCGCUUUGACACGGCGGAGACGAAGGGCGAAGGCACCCGGCGGCUGAAGAACCUCUACUUCCUGUACCUGAUCGAGCUGCGAGCGCUCUACAAGGUGGCGCCGUACUUCGAACGAGCCAUCGUCAACCUGUACACCGGAAACUCUCAGGAGGACGGAGAGACCAAGGAGCUGCUGCUGCAGAUCUUCAACGAGAUCAAAGCGUUCCCGAUGCACUUUGAUGAGAAGUCCAUGUUUGCCGGACACAAAAUGGAGGCCAAGACAUUAAAGGAGGAGUUCCGGCUCCAUUUUAAGAACAUCUCCAGGAUCAUGGACUGUGUCGGCUGCAGUAAAUGUCGACUGUGGGGGAAACUGCAGACCCAGGGUCUGGGUACAGCUUUAAAGGUCCUGUUCUCUGAGAAGGAGAUCCAGAACCUUCCAGAACACAGUCCGUCUAAAGGCUUCCAGCUGACUCGACAGGAGAUCGUGGCGCUUCUGAACGGAUUUGGAAGGUUGUCCACCAGCAUACAUCAGCUCCACAACUUCCGUCUGCUGCUGAAGGAGAACAGGUAACAGGAGGUGAUGCUCCACAUGGCCACUGGAUGGCGCCAGCCCUCACAGAACUGCAGCAGUCUCGUUCCCGGCCAGAAGAAGUGUUGAAGCUGACAACAACCUUCCUCAGAUUUGAUCUCCUUCCCCCCCGUAUCCUCCUCCAUGUGGUGGACCAUGAAUGUUCUUCUGCCUCCUCUGGCCUUCAGCAGAUGUUCUUCUCUGCUGUCACACCUGGCUGCCAGGUGACUAACUUUCACCUUUUGUUUUAAAUAAGUUUUAGUGUCUUUUGGGACCCUGAUAAAGCUGCAGUCAACAGACUGAAGGAGAUGAUGAGAUGUUUGGAUGGAAGUUCACCCCUCAGACAGACUGCAGUCCUGAUGGAGGGUUCAGUAGAAACGGGCUGGUUUCAUUUGUCUGUGAGGAGAUCUGCUUCAUGAAUCCUUCCUACAGAACGUCUCUCUGUGGUUUUCUACUCAUCAUGUGUCUUUACUGAGGAUGCAGGAGAACUUCCAGAAGAAGACCUCAGUCAAGAUAAAGAGAAGAAGGAGCUGCCUAGUUUAUUUUACCGUUUGUUUGUUUUUCUUAGCUGCCUGUCUUAUUGUAGCUUUACAUUUUUAGUGUCUUUUUAUUUUUUAUUCCCCUCAUGUCCUUCUCACCCAGAGAGGUUUGGACCAACGUGAUCAUGAUGGAACAUCUCAGGCCUCGUUUCCGUCACGCUACAAAAGCUCUGUGUGUUAGUGUGUGUGCAGAUGGGAGGAAUUACCAUUAUCGAGUGUGUGUGUUUUCCACAGCUAAGGAGAAGUGUUGCAGUCGGUCUGGUGGAUCUGAUUCUCUACGACAGGAGAGUUCAACUCAUCUUAGUCCAGGUUCCACAUCCAGUCCAGUCUGACCUCCAGUAAAACCAGUAAAACCACAGCAGAAUAACCUGUAAAUAACCACAACUCCUGAUAGUUCCUUUGGUUUAGUGCAGGAAUGUUCACAUUUAAGGAAUUAUCUUUUUACUAAACAACAUGAACAACCUGAAAUUUAUGAAGAAAAAUAAAUUUAAUUUCAACAAUAAUAUGCCUCAGUGUCAUCAAAAAAGGAACAAAAUGACAAAGAACAGACAAAAAACAACAAAAUUCAGACAAAAGGAAAAACAAAACGACAAAAACAUGAGACAUGACAAAAAAAUGACAAAAAAUAAGACAAAAUAUUACAAAAAUGAGACAAAAUGACACAAACGAAAACAAAAAAGAGACAAAAAAGUCACAGAGCGACAACAAAUGAGGCAAAUGAAAAACGAUACAGAAAAUGACAAAAAUAAGACAAAAAGGACACAAAACGACAACAAACAUGACACAAACGACAAAAAUCGGACAAAAAACAGACCAAAGGUUACAAAAAUCAGACAAAACGACAAAGAACAAUCUAGUAUUUUACUCUGAUCCAAACAACGUGUCAUGGUCUAGAAAUGAUUUUAAAUUUAUAGUUUUACUAAUUUACAAUCUGCAGUUAAUGUCUUCUCUGUAAUUUUUACACUUUGAGGACCUGAUGGACCCUCUGGAGGACCACUUUUGGAUCACGGGCCUCAUGGUGGACCCUCUGGUCUAGAAUGAUCUUCAGUUUUUACACAAACCACAGAGCAACAUGAGCUGAUGUUUUUUGGACUUAGUGGGAGAUAAGAGACGACUUUCAGCUUGUUGGAGGUCAGAGCAGGAAACGGUUGGAGUUUGUUUUAGAGGAAGCUGCUGGUGUGUUUAGGGAUCAUUGACUGUAUAAGACUUACAGUUUUUUUUCUGUAAAUAAUGCAGAAAAUGUAGAGGAUAAGGUAGUUUUGCUGUUUAAUAAGAUUACAGAUCCCCUUCAAGGUCCAUGUUUUCUAAAUCAGUGACUAACUGCUGCUUCCAGUGAUAGUUUUUAUCUGCAGCGUUUAAUGACAGAGUGCUAGAGGAGCUGAAUCCUAAACGUUACCAUCUUUUACUUUUUUCACACAUUCCUGAGGCGUGUGAUUUCAAACCAUGAUUAUAUUUGUGUUUAUUUAUUUGUCUGGUUCUGAACUAUGUCCUCCAGCAGCUGGACUUCCUCUCCUGUCUGCUCUCCAGCCUUAAAACCAAAUCACCGCUUUGGAAAAAGACAAAAAAAGUGAAGCUGCUUCAGAUCUUCAUGUUGAGUUUAAAUCUGUACAGUUUGUAAAGAAGAGAAGGCAGCGCAGGUUGAACUUCUGUUUGUUCUGCUUCCAGAGCUCUAUGGACGUACAUACAUACAUAUAUAUAUAUAUAUACAGCUGCACCAUGCUGAUGUGUACCUGCUGAGUAUAUUUAUUUGAAAAGGAAUAAAUAUUUCUGGAUAACAUCAA